GUCCUGAGUCUUGACGGCAAGUCCUAGUUGAAAAAGGGUAGUGAGUUUUUUGAUACUUCUCUCUCCGAUCUCUAAUAACCGUGGAGGAAGGUAUGGCAGGACAUAGUGAAUCAAGUGGAGCAGAGAAGAAAUCAAGCGAGGCCGCCAAUGAAAUACCAACCUUCAAUGCUGAGAAUUUGCAGACUAAUAUGAAAGCUAUCUAUUACAGCCGGACUUUUCUGUCAAUCAUUGGUGGGGUCAUUGCUGGAAUAUUAGGAUUCACAAGCUUGACUGGGUUUAUCUUCUAUUUCCUUGUCAUGGCAAUCACUUCAGUUGGGCUAAUAGCAAAGUCAGGGUUUUCAAUCCAUUCAUACUUUGAUAGCUGGAACCGGGUUAUAUUUGAUGGCUUGUUGAGUGGGCUCAUGUCGUUCGUGCUUUUCUGGACAUUUGCUUAUGACAUGGUUCACAUAUUCUGAUGGAUUCAUUGCUAAUCUUGAACGGAAGCAAAGCCGUGAUGUUGCUGCUGCUGCUGCUUGCUGUGAUGUAUCUGCAUACCCCGGGAGUUUGGAAAUAGCUUUAAUAAUUUUGUAUCCACUUCUAAAAGAUUAUGUGAUUUACUUCAGUCUAUCUUCCCUAUCCCUUCUCCUUUUUAAUACUUAUAUGAUUGCAAGGGGCCAAGUGGGGGGGAAUGUGUUGGGGAGGUUGACUGUAGCAGACAGUCUGAUGUGUAGGAAGUUUUGUAUGAAAGCUGCUCUGUAGGCUGGAUCACCCUUGCAACAUUUUUUUUUUAAUUACGUAAGAUGUCUUUUGAAAAGAAGAAAAUUCUAGAAUCUCUUAGUGCAAUUUGAGAUUUGACAAUGCUAUGGUGUUCUGCUAAGUCAACUUGGCUAUUCAAUAUUAUUGGAGCGACUUUGUGCAACA